GCUGUUUUAUGCAGAUUUUGAUAAGAAAAAAGUAGUGAUGAUGCUGCCUCCAUUUGCUGAGCCAUAUGAUUUCCCUAAACAGUACGAGUAUGCCAUGGCUAAUGUGCCCAUCUGCCAACAAAACUUAAAGCUGCUCACAGAAGUCUUUAAAGACCAGCCGGAGCCACAGGAUGCCCCACAAAGCUCCAUCUAUCCCAAAGAAAAUAUGCAGCUGGGUUCAGAGAACAUGCUCAUCUGCCAUUCCGCACGAUUUUUCCCUCCACCUGUUACUGUACGCUGGACCAAAAACAGUGUGGAUGUGACAGAACAAUCCACACUCAGCCGCUAUUACCCGAAUAAGGACAAAACCUACAACCAGUUCUCCCACCUGCCCUUCACUCCACAGGAAGGAGACGUUUACACCUGCAAGGUGGAGCACGAGGCCCUGGAGACGCCCGACACCAAGACAUGGGAGGUGGAUGUUGAGCUUCCCAGUGUGGGUCCCUCUGUGUUCUGUGGAGUGGGUCUGGCUGUCGGACUGCUCGGAGUCGCUACUGGAACUUUCUUCCUCGUCAAAGGAAACAGAUGUAACUGACACUUCAGAAGUAAAGUGUUCAGAGAAGGUUUAGAUUCCAACCAUGAAUUCUCAUUUAGGUUUUUCACCAAGGAAACUGUUCAUCCACUAGAGUUUAAUUCAUCUGUUAAACCUUGUAAUGUUUUAUUAAAUAUGAAGUUUUUUCUUGUUCCAUUGUACACCUGUUGGGUUGAAUUUCUUAUCUGUGUGCAGAAAUCUGUGAAUACGUCAUUCUUUUCCAAUUUGUGUAAUGUAAUUAAUGUUAGAAGAGAAAAUGAAAAUGAAAAGGAAUGAGCGCCGG